AGAAACUGGAAAAAAGAAUAGGAAACAAGACAAGAAAGAGUCAAGGACGACGAAAUUCUGGCAAAAUCAAUAUACGAACAUCAUGUCCAACCAAGCCGCGUGGAUCGACAAGGAGCCAAGCAACCCUCUGAGGGUUGGACCAGCCGAUAUCCCAGUCCCAGGCGAUGAAGAUAUCGUUGUGAAGAACCACGCAAUUGCAAUUAAUCCCGUGGACUGGAAAAUCCAGGAUUACAAGUUCAUUGUCCAGAACUGGCCUUUCAUUCUGGGGACUGAUGUUGCCGGUGAGGUACAUGAAGUCGGCAAGAACGUGACCAAAUUCAAGAAAGGCGACCGAGUGCUCGGCCAUGCCAUUUCAUUAGCAACGCAAAAGCCAGAGGACGGAGGGUUUCAGCUGUAUACCAGAAUCCAGUCGUCUUACGCUGCCAAGCUUCCAGACAGCAUUUCGUUUACCGAAGGCGCAGUGCUCCCUCUCGCCAUUGACACUGCUGGACAUGGCCUAUAUGCCAAGGAGGAUGGUUUCUUCGGACUUCCAUAUCCGUCCUUGGAGCCAAAGUCGAUCAAUAAGACCAUCGUCGUCUGGGGCGGCUCUUCGUCAGUCGGUGCUCUCGCGGUCCAGCUGGCAAUCGCAUCCGGCGUCAAAGUAAUCGCAGUUGCGAGCAAGCACAAUCAUGACUUCGUGAAAAAGCUGGGCGCCAGCGAAGCCAUCGACUACAAUGAUCCGAACGUUGUCGAUGAUGUGGUGAAGGCUGUCAAGGCUGCCGGCGGCGACUUCAUUGGCGUCUAUGAUGCCAUCUCAUUGGAAUCAUCUUUCAAGCAUGUCGUCCCAAUCGCCGAGAAGCUUGGUGGCGGUACUGUAGCUACCACGAUGGAUGGUCCAGAGAGCAAGCCAUCAAGCAUCAAGUUUGGAAAAAUCUUCGCUAUUAAUGCUGUGAAUCAUCCGCUUUGGGAGAAGUACAUCACACCUGCGUUGGAGCAGGGUAAGCUGAAGGCAGUACCAGAGCCGCUAGUCAUCGGCAAGGGCCUCGAGAGUGUUCAGAAGGGUAUGGACAAGAACAAGGCUGGCGUCAGUGCUAAGAAGGUCGUGGUCGAGCUCUGAACAACUGCCUUUGGAAGCAUCGUAGAUCAAACUCAAUAGAGAAUUGAUUCAUUACGAGCCGAGCUACUGUGUAUGAUCAGAUAUGGUCCUGUUCCCAGUCUGUGUAGUGUUGAGCGACUCCCAGCAGUCGCGAGGCGCCCAUGUGGGAUGCAUCUCUUUCACCCGCCUUUCGUCUCUUUUUCAUACUGGCUUUUCACGCUUCCACCUCACCUUCUCGUAUCUCACGCUUCAGCAUCCUGAUUCUCGGUCCGUAUGGCCACGAUCACGGCACAGCCCUUUGAUCCUCUGCUGAGAUGUGACGCGAUUCCGACACCUUCGUAAGGAGACAUUCGCUUGUGCAAAGCUGUUCUCAACGUGGGACGAC